CGAGAGCCUCCUUCCUGAGGUCUGAGAAACUCAGUCUUGAAGGGCCUGGGCUGUUUUUCCCGAAGCCAUCAAAAUUAUAAACCGCCAAGAUGGAUCAGAAUCUUGAUGAGAAAGCGCUGAGAGAAUUGGAGCAGGAGUUGCACACAGAGAUCGUUCCAGGCACAGAGAUCAUGAUAGAUGUUGGAACACAUCACUUCGUUAAAGCAGGAACUGGAGGGCACUCUGUGCUGGUUCCACAACCCAGCGACGACCCGCACGAUCCCCUUAACUGGAGUCCGAUGUGGAAAGGCCUUGCAAUGAUGUGUGCCACUCUGGUGUCGUUCUCUCAAGGAAUGGGUCCUCUGGCACUGGCACCCAUGUUUGGCGACUACAUGGAAGCUUUCGAUUCUGAUUUGACGGCCGUGGUACAAUUCACCGGUGUUGCCAUUCUGGUGCUUGGAUUUAGUAAUUUCAUCUGGGUGCCAAUCCAAACUUGCUGGGGUAGACGCCCUGUGUUAAUUGCGUCAUCUUUGAUCUGCUUCGGCAGCAGCAUAUGGAGAGCAAAAGCAAACUCGUACAACAGUUUCAUGGGAGCGUGUGUGCUCAAUGGUAUUGGGGCAGGGCCAGCAGAGACCGCCCAGCCCACUAUUAUCGCGGACAUCAUUUUCCUCCAUGACCGCGGGAAAUAUCAGACAUUGUAUUUCGCCUUCUAUUUUGGAUCCUUGAUGGUUGGACCCAUUAUUUCCGGCCCUAUGGCACAGCAGUUGGGAUGGCGAAGCUUUUGGUGGUUGAACACUGCCCUUCUCGGGUUUGUGGCUGUCUGCUGCAUUUUCCUCUUCCCAGAAACGAAAUUCAAUCGAUCGUUCAUGCCAUCCAACAGCAUGGUCUCAUCGUCUCCGCCCUUGAAAGAAGGAUCUGCAGAACAGUUUGAAAGCUUGGCUCAAAACCAUGCUGAGACUUCGGCCACGGACCACGCCGAUGUUGAAAAGACUGCACCUGUACAGCCACAAGCUCCUGUUGUCGUUGAAGGGGCUGGGCUCACUCAUGCCCACACUCAUGAAGAUCCAUAUCUGGGACGAGGAAAGCCGUCAAAAUCUCAAUGGAAAUUCGCUCAACCAUACGAGGGCAACUUCUUCAUGGAACUCUGGCUGCCAUGGAAGCUCUUCCUGUAUCCAAUCGUGGAGUUCUCCAGCUUCGUGGUCUCCUGGACCGCAUCUUCGUUCUUGACUUUGAAUUUGACCCAGUCGCAAGCCUUUGCUAGUCCGCCUUACAACUUCACAUCCACCAAGAUCGGCUUCUUCAACUUCGCCAUUCUGGUCGGUGCCUUGAUUGGACUUUUCACCGCUGGUCCAUUAAGCGAUGCCAUUGCAGCAAGGCUAACAAAGAGGAAUCGAGGCAUCAGAGAACCCGAGAUGAGAUUGGUUACCAUGAUUCCAUAUGUUAUCUUGAUGGUCAUCGGAAAUGUAGUGGUGGCUGUUGGUUAUCAGAAGGCCUGGGAUUGGAAGGUAAUUGUCAUUAUUGGCUACACUUGCGCCGGAAUUCAGGUUGCUGCCCUCCCAUCCAUCUCGUCGACAUACUCGAUCGAUUCGUACAAGCCCGUCGCAGGAUCAAUCUUCGUUGCCAUCACAGUCAACAAGAACGUUUGGGGCUACGGAUUCUCGAAAUUCAUCACCCCUUGGAUUAUCAAGAGUGGAUACAUCCCUCCUAUUAUGACGAACAUGAGUUUGAUUCUUCUCUUCUGUUUGUCGGGGAUCAUUUUUUGGUUUUAUGGAAAGACGUUCAGAAAGUGGACUAGGAAUUCAAAGGUACAUAGCAUGUAAACGUGGACAUGGACGGGGAUCGAAAGAUACGGAAUUGAAUGAACAUAUCGUAACGUAGUUGUAAACAAUGAACCAAAUACUAUGCGUAC